AUGGGGGAAUGGACCAUCCUAGAGAGACUCCUCGAAGCCGCUGUCCAGCAGCACUCUACUAUGAUAGGGAGGAUUCUGCUGACCGUGGUGGUGAUCUUCAGGAUUCUUAUUGUGGCGAUUGUAGGCGAAACUGUGUAUGAUGAUGAGCAGACUAUGUUUGUGUGUAACACCUUGCAGCCAGGCUGCAACCAGGCAUGUUAUGACCAAGCAUUUCCUAUUUCUCACAUUAGAUACUGGGUAUUUCAAAUCAUCAUGGUGUGCACUCCUAGUCUCUGUUUUAUAACGUACUCAGUUCAUCAGUCUGCCAAGCAGAGGGAAAUGAGGUAUUCUACUGUUUUCCUCGCCUUAGAUCGAGAUCAGGAUUCCAUGAAACGGGAUGACAGUAAGAAAAUCAAGAACACCAUUGUCAAUGGGGUGCUACAAAACACUGAAAACUCCACCAAGGAAGCAGAACCUGAUUGCUUGGAAGUGAAGGAAAUUCCCAAUCCAGCCAUAAGAACCUCAAAGUCAAAGAUGAGGCGCCAAGAAGGCAUCUCUAGAUUUUAUAUCAUUCAGGUGGUCUUCAGAAAUGCCCUGGAGAUUGGGUUCCUGGUUGGACAAUAUUUUCUGUAUGGAUUCAAUGUCCCUUCCAUGUACGAAUGCGACAGAUAUCCCUGCAUUAAAGAAGUUGAGUGCUAUGUCUCCAGGCCCACCGAGAAGACAGUUUUCUUGGUCUUCAUGUUUGCCGUGAGUGGCAUUUGUGUGGUGCUCAACUUAGCCGAACUGAACCACUUAGGUUGGAGAAAGAUCAAAAUGGCUGUGAGGGGAGCACAAGCUAAACGGAAAUCAAUAUACGAAAUCAGGAACAAGGACCUGCCACGCAUGAGUGUGCCCAACUUUGGCAGGACUCAGUCUAGUGACUCUGCUUAUGUGUAAGACUGGCAGAACCAGAAAGCUUUACUGUGUAUCUUUGCGAGCUGCCAUUUGAAUUAGGGAAGGAACAUUGCUUAAACAACUGUUUUCCUACAACCACCAAGAAAGCCGUUAAAGUAUUCUCUGUGCACUUUCUAGACAGAUUCAAACCCGAGUGCUCAUGACAACAACAACAACAACAACAACAGUAAAAGAUGGAUAAAGACACAGUGGGUCAACACCUGCAAUCUGGCCUUACAGCUCCAUUACUUCUGCCCCGCUCUCCCUUCCCCUCCCCCUAGGAUCCAAUGCUGUCUGUUGAAGAGCACAAUCUUUUGGCCAUGAUUAGUAUCACUCCAUUUGUAUGACUGAUGGAAAACAUGCCCAGGAUGUUAUUGUCAAAAGAGAAGGAUGAUGGGAAGCAUUUCUACAAAAGUUGGGGUGAGGGGGGUGAGGGAAGGGAGAGAUUCCUACUCUCUAAGCACAUGAUUGCAAAACUGCCAGGACUGAUCACCCCCAAACCUCAUCUUGUGGGUACCUAAACAUCACACUCUCUUUUGGCAUUAUGCAGUUAAAUACUGUGUAUGCUUAGCAUUUAUUUUUUCUAUCAUCAUUUUUGGUACAACAAUAAUAAUAAUAAUAAUGAACAUACUGAGGUCAAUAUAAUUUUAAUUGUCAUACAGCUAAUUGUGGCCCAUCAAAUUUAUGAAAUAGAUUUGAAAAAAAAAUCACAGUUCCACACUAUGCGGGUGAGGAAGAUGUAGUGAUUUAAAAUUCAGCUAGUUGAAGUAAUUACCUGGAUUUUAAAAUUACAUAUACCAAAGGAAUAGAAUGGAUCACUAACUGUGAAAAAACAAAACCUAUUUGCCCUUACUACAACAAGUGCCAUACUUGAAGUUCAAACAUCGAAUUCUAUAUUUAGUCAAAGGCUUGGCUAAAGAUCCCAACUUGAAAUACUGGGUUUUAUACUUUUUUUCCAUUUUUAUCUAGCUAUAGAUACAUUUUGUUUUGCUUUUCUCCAUUAUGGCAAAGGUGCAAAUGCCCUUGGCAAAUUGCUAAAAAAAUAAUUUUUUUUAAAAUAGAAAGUUAACUUUCUUUUAUAUAUGCAUAUAUGUUAGUAACAUUGCACUGAUAUAUGAUGAUGAAACUGGUGUAUCUAUCUAGAAUAUAAGAACCAUUACAUUAUUGCCUCUUUUUAUAUUCAUGGCCUGGAUUAUAUCUAAAAUAUUUGUAGGGUUUAUUUUUCCUUACAGUGUCAUGGUGCUAAAAUAGGGAAAUAUACAUGGAUAAGUAGCAAUAUAGCAUGAUCCAGAAAAUGUAUAUGCAUGUUUGUCUGUGUGUCUGUGUAAGCACACAAAACAUCUUUAUCAUUUUUCAUUAUAUGAACAUUUCAGGGAUAUAGUAUUGUUUUAGAUGGGGUGAUUUUUUCCUUUUUCAAAUAAAUGAUGUUAGUCUAUUUUAGGCUCUAUGCUACAAUUUCUAUGCAUUUCUCACCUUAUAAUAUGCCACCAAUUUUUAGUAAUUAUAUUUAGAAGGGACUCCAAAUAUUGGGUUGGAAGCUGCCUGUUGUCUACUCAUGCAGGCUUCUAAACGUUUCCCCAAAUUCCCCACUAAUAAAUGUGGAUGUUUCUAAAUAAAGGAAGGAAAAACGUGAAAUUGCUUAGAAUUCCCUUACAUGUUAAACUGCAAAAGCUGGAAAUUAGGGAAGUUGAACUAUCAUAAGGUUGACUUUAGUGAUAGGGCCCAUAUUUGCAUCCUGUGGUCACUAUUAGAAAUGGGAGAAUUUUAUCUUAUUUUAUUUUUUCCCCUGAUUCAUUAUUCCCCUUCAUUCAUUAAAUUGAAUUCUCCCAUGCUAGUACAUCUUUAGUUUUUUUUAAAAAAUAGUUUAUGCCACAAGUUAAAGUAUUUAUGUGCUUUUUCCAAGCAUUAUGUACCAUUUUUGCAAAUCAAUUUUCUCUAAUUAAAUGCAAUCUGCAGAUUAUUUUCU